AAAAAAAGGAACUAAAACAUGUGUAAUUUACUUUCAAAAAGGUGACAUGCUAAAAAAUAGUAAGAGAUGAAUAGAGAUAUUUCCGUGACUUCAAAGCUAACAAAUAUGCCUAAUCACUUCCUCAAAAGAAAACAAAUAUGCCUAAUCAUGAAUUAGAGGGAAAAAUUUGUUAAAGAAUAAGCAUUUGUAAAACAACAUAAUCAUAUAACAAAUUAGCUAUAAAUAUGCCAAAUCCACAAAAAAAAAAAAAAUCAGAAACUAUUUGGCCAAAUUAAUUCACCGUGAAUCAAGCAAGAAACAAGACCACUUCAGCUUUCAAAGUGUCCAUGGUCCAUUCAAUUUGUUUUCUUCCUUUUUUUUUAUAACUAAAUUUUCGAAAGUUUGUUACACUUACUACUAAAUAGUCAUUAUGAUCCGCAUAUAUCGUUUACUAUAACUAUUUUAUUUGUUAUUUGUAUUGUUUAUAAAGAGAACUUUACAAAGAGUGUUGCUUAGUUCCCUUCAAAACAAGGAGUGUUACAAACAAAGAUAUAUAACAUUAACAUAAGCAUUCAUAUUUCUUCAUCUCUUCUCUAAUUGUUUCAGAAAGACUAAGAAGAAGAAAAGCAGUGUUGCUGUUUAGAGUGAAGUGAUAAACAAGUUUGAACCAUAAAUGACAAAAAGUGUCAACACGAAGACUCGUGUAUGCUGUUCUUAUUGUGAAAUCAUUUUGGUGUUCUUGGUUGCUGCUUCUUUCUCUUCUCCAUCACCAGAAUCUGACACUAUUCCAAAGGAGUUCACUUUAUCUGUCACCAAAUUUCGCAAAAGAUGGAACCAGCAGGACCCCCCAACAAUGUCAAUCCUGACAAUAUUGAAGUAGUUGAGGCGACAGAAGGAAAUCAUGUCAAUGGAGAAGUGGCAGAUGGAAAGAGUAAAGGAGGAUGGACAACUGCAUACAUCUUGCUAGCUAAUCAAGCACUGGCAACACUAGCAUUCUUUGGAGUUGGAGUGAACUUGGUUCUGUUCCUAACGAGAGUCCUUCGUCAAGACAGUGCCGAGGCUGCUAAUAAUGUCAGCUUGUGGACUGGAACUGUUUACAUAUUUUCACUCUUGGGAGCAUUCCUUAGUGAUUCUUAUUGGGGAAGAUACUUAACAUGCGCUAUCUUUCAGCUCUUCUUUGUUCUGGGUUUGGGGCUGAUGUCUUUGACAUCAUGGCUGUUUUUGAUCAAACCAUUAGGUUGCGGUAAUGAACAUAGCGUUUGCAAUGAACCAACACCAUUGGGAAUAGGCCUAUUCUAUUUGUCAAUAUAUUUGGUUGCAUUUGGAUAUGGAGGGCAUCAACCUACCUUAGCAACAUUUGGAGCUGAUCAAUUUGAUGAUAAGAGUAUUCAACAAACCAACUCCAGAGAGGCUUUCUUUAGUUACUUUUACUUUGCACUCAAUGUUGGAUCACUAUUUUCCAACACCAUUUUGGUUUAUUACGAAGAUACCGGUAUGUGGACAUUGGGUUUCGGUGUCUCCUUAGCCUCUGCUAUUAUAGCCUUGAUUUCAUUCUUAGCAGGAUCUCGAAAAUAUCGAUAUGUUAAGGCGUAUGGCAAUCCUGUCAUAAGAGUAAUCCAGGUCUUUGUUGCUGCCACUAGGAAGUGGAAUGUUGAACCCGCCAAGGAGGACCAACUUUACGAGGUUGACGGCAAUGUAUCCGCCAUCAAAGGAAGCAGAAAGAUUCUUCACUCCCAAGAUAUAAGAUUCAUGGACAAGGCGGCAACACGGACAGUAAAAGACGGGAAUGAAUCCGGGAACCAAUGGCGACUUUGCACUGUAACUCAAGUUGAGGAAGCCAAAUGUGUGUUGAGAAUGAUACCAGUUUGGCUGUGCACUAUUAUUUACUCUGUUGUAUUCACACAAAUGGCUUCUCUUUUUGUCGAACAAGGUGAUGUAAUGAACAACAAGGUAGGAAAAUUUCACUUGCCAGCAGCAACCAUGUCUGUGUUUGAUAUAUGCAGUGUCCUUGUAUGCACUGGACUUUAUCGCCAAGUUCUAGUUCCCUUGGCCGGAAAAUUAAGCGGUAAUCCUAAGGGGUUAAGCGAACUUCAAAGAAUGGGAGUUGGCCUAGUUAUUGGAAUGCUUGCGAUGGUUGCAGCUGGUGUAACGGAGUUUGAAAGGCUUAAACAAGUUCAGCCUGGACAGAAACAAAGUAAUUUGAGUAUAUUCUGUCAAAUUCCACAGUAUGUUCUUGUUGGUGCUUCAGAAGUUUUUAUGUAUGUGGGUCAGUUGGAGUUCUUCAAUGGUCAAGCACCUGAUGGCAUAAAAAGCUUUGGAAGUUCACUUUGUAUGGCAUCAAUUUCUCUUGGAAACUAUGUUAGCAGCAUGAUGGUGAAAUUGGUGAUGAUAUUCACUGCUAGAGGCGAGGAACCUGGAUGGAUUCCGAAUAACUUAAAUGUUGGGCACAUGGACAGGUUUUUCUACCUCAUUGCAGCGCUAAGUGCCCUUGACCUUGUCAUCUAUGUGUUCUGUGCUCGGUGGUACAAGGGUGUCACGAACAUUGAAGGUAGUGACAAUGUCGGAAGCCAAGAGGACAAUGUUUGAUUGACUCAGAGAAGCUUGAGCUUUUAUGUGUUUUCUUUCUAUCUUGUCAAAGCAUAUGCUUUCUUGUUUUGCUUUGGACAAUUUUCUUUUCCUUUGGAUAAAUUUCUAGUUUUGAGUAGCUAGGAUGUUAAAUUUUCUUUUCUCAUUUAAUAUAUUGCGUAUUUGUUAAUGCGACCAAAA